GUUGCGGAAAUGACGUCAGGACACGGAAUUACUAUAACAUAGCCGUGGCGCGUAUAACCGGCGCAAACCUUUUCUUCGUGAACCGAGAGUUUGCUUCAUUGUACUUAGUUCGCAAAAGGCUUUCGUCCCCGGGCCCGUCUUUCUUUUGGCCUUACUUUUACUCGGAAGAAGGAACUCCCGACCGAUUGGAACUUUUCACCAGCACUCCUCUUCGACAAACCCCCGACAGCAACCAUGUUUGAGGCUCGCCUGGUGCAGGGAUCCAUCUUAAAGAAGGUGCUUGAUGCACUGAAGGAUCUGAUCACGGAGGCGUGCUGGGACGUCAGUUCGUCCGGCAUCGCGCUGCAGAGCAUGGACUCCUCUCACGUCUCCCUGGUGCAGCUCACCCUCCGCAGUGACGGCUUCGAUUCCUACCGCUGCGACAGAAACCUCGCCAUGGGUGUCAACUUGGGAAGUAUGUCAAAGAUAUUGAAGUGUGCCGGAAACGAAGACAUCAUCACCCUCCGAGCCGCCGACAACGCAGACACGCUGACGCUUGUGUUCGAGACCAUCAACCAAGAGAAAGUGUCAGAUUACGAAAUGAAGUUGAUGGACCUGGAUGUGGAGCAGCUUGGAAUUCCAGAGCAGGAGUACAGCUGCGUGGUAAAGAUGCCGUCCGGGGAGUUCGCCCGCAUUUGCCGUGACCUUUCGCAGAUUGGUGACGCUCUCAUGAUCUCCUGCGCCAAGGACGGCGUCAAGUUCUCUGCCAGUGGAGAGCUGGGCACGGGAAACAUCAAGCUGUCCCAGACCAGCAACGUGGACAAGGAGGACGAGGCGGUGACCAUUGAGAUGAACGAGCCAGUUCAGCUGAUUUUCGCCCUCAAUUACUUGAACUUCUUCACUAAAGCGUCCCCACUGUCGAAGACUGUCACCCUCAGCAUGUCUGCUGACAUUCCUCUAGUGGUGGAGUACAAGAUUGCCGAUAUGGGCCACAUCAAAUACUACCUGGCGCCCAAGAUUGAUGAGGAGAGUUCCUAAGGUUUUAGGAAGUCGACAAAAGGGGAGAAGCGGAAAGACUCGCAUCAUCGUCACGCGGCAAGAGCUUCGGCGUCAACAUUUAAAACAAUAUGAAUGCAUUCUCCGCUGGGAGGGAAUGGUGCAGUCUCGUCGUGUGUUUGCACCCCAGUUAUUGCAUCCAAACUUGCAGUCAGUUGUUGUAGAUACGCAUUUUGUAAAUACUGGGUGGUUUCGCUCCAUCAACUCCUAAUGGUCUUGUUUUGUAUCCUUUAACCUGGUCCCAAAUAAAUGAUCCAU